AUGAUUAAUUUAUCUUUAAAACCAAUAUGUAGUGGUGUUAUUAAAGGUAACGCCUUACGUAUUAAUAAUUGUUUAAUUUGGUUUGAUUUUGGUAUAGAAAAUGAGUCAAAUUUUGAUAGAUCGAUUUUAUUGGACUUGGAAUUACCACAUUUAAUAUUAUUAACAAAUUUUCCAAAAACAUUUAUUGGUGGUUUACCUAUUUUACAUAAAUUAUUAACAGAAAAAGGUAUAUCAUGUAAGAUUCCAGUAAUAUGCACUGAACCAGUAUUUAGAUUUGGAAAUAAUAUAUUAAGUGAUAUUAUUCAAAGUAUGAGUAUUAAAGAUCAAGAAAGAGGAUUACAAUAUACUUGCGAUAAAGAAGAUAAUAAAGGAUUCAAACAAUUGCCUUUUACAAAUGAAGAUAUUGAGGGAAUUCUUGGCGAAAAUGUUUGUAGAUUGAGAUAUUACCAAUCAUUUAAUAUUCAACUUUUACAUAAUGAUAAUAAUAUGACUGAUAACGAUUCAUCAGAUUCUUGUUUGACAAGUAUUAACUUAAAAGCAUUACCAAGUGGGCUUGAACUUGGUUCUACUAUUUGGAAUAUGACGAUUAAUUCAAAUUCUGAUAGCUGGGAAUUUGUUUAUGUAAGCGAGUCAGCUUCACAUCCAUAUUGGCAUGUUACUCCUUCAGAUUUAGGUAGACUAAAUAAACCAGACUUAUUAAUGUUCGGAGUUAACACAAAAAUAUCAACAAUACCAGAUAAUUUAUCUUUAUCGUUAAGCUCAGAGUUUGGUAAUGAUUUAAAGAAAUGCAAUAAUCGUUUAAUUUCAAUUAAAAAAUUUGUUAAUACAAUUUUAGAUUGUAUUAGAAAAAACAAAACUGGUACGAUAUUAAUACCAAUACAAUUAGAUAGUUUAUUAUUAGAAAUAUUAUGUUAUUUGGAUGCUAUUUGGAAUAAGGGAAAGAUUUUAUAUCCAAUUUUUGUCACUUCACCAUUAAUAAAAUCAUUCUUAUUAUCUGUAAAAACUUUAAUUGAAUGGAUGAGUUUAGAAAUAAGAUCAGAAUUUUGUGAUUCCAGAUUUAAUCCAUUUCAUGAUUUAAAGAAUAUAAUACUUGAAACAAAUCUUAAGACUAUUAGAAGUGAAAAUUUAUCAAAAGUACCAAAAAUAAUAUUUGCUUUUCCUGAAUCUAUGGAUUACGGCUAUUCCAGAGAAUUAUUUACUGAACUGGCAACUAAUGAAAAUAAUACUAUUAUGUUUAUCAGAGAACCAAAAGAAAAUACAUUUGCUCAUUAUAUUUGGAAUAAAGAACUAGAGCUUCGUAGAUCUGAUCAAUCUUGUAUACAUUCUUUAAUUCAUUCUGAUAAUUAUAAUAUGCAAAUUCCAACAAACAUUCUUGAGAAUAAUCAUGAGUUAUCUUACUAUAUUGAACUUCCAAUGAUUAGAUUUACUCCAUAUAGACAAGAUGAGCUUUAUGCAAUGUAUCUUUCACAUAAAGAAUCCAAUGUUAGUCAUAGUUUGAAUCAAAAUUCUGAAGAUAUUAAUCAAAAAUCUGAUGAAAAAAAGAUUAAUCCUGCAAAUUUGGAAUCUGAUAAUGGUAAUCAUGAAUUGGAUGAUAUUAAUGAUAAUAAAAAAGAUAUUGAAAUGAAUAUUGAGAACGAUACCACUGCUAUGCUUAGUAAUUGUGAUGAUAAAAGUAAGAAUAAUAAUAAUGAUGAUUUUGGUGAAAAUAAUGAAUUAAAUAACACCACAUAUUCUAUGCUAUUAUCUUCAAAUAAUAAUAAUAAUAAUAAUAGUUCUGAUAAUUGCAGUAAAAUUGAUCAAAUUAAUAAGAUUAGUAAUGGGAUUGAUUAUGUUAAUGACCAUAGUAUUAGUUCUUCAAUUCAAACAAAAAUUGAAGCUCUAAGAUCAAAAUUAGUGCCUGUAAAUGUUGACGAUGAGUUAUUGAAUUUAAAUUCACUCUCAUCAUCAUCAUCAUCUUCUUCUUCCUCUUUAAAAGAUCACAAUUCGAAUCAAAACUCAAUAACAAAGCAAACUAAAGAUGAUUAUGGAUGUUUAUUAGAUGAACAGACAUUGAAAUCCAUUAUUGAUUCUUGGAAAGAUGCAUCUAGUGAUCUCGAUAUUUCGUCAUAUAAUUUGAAAUUAAAUGAAGACAGUGGAAAUGAUGAUAACAAAUCCUCCGAAUUAGAAACUGUUGAUCAAUCAAUUACAUCCAAUUUUGAUAGUUCCAACAAUAAUGAUGGGAAUAAUAACAAUAAAAUACAUAUUUUGGCUCCAAGAAGAAGAAGAAAUAUCAUGGGCAUGUCAAAUGUUAAGGAUGAUCUAUCAUCAGAAACUAAAGAAGAAGUAACUUUAGAUUCCAAUGGAAAUUCUGAUACCAUUUUGAACAGAAAUACAAAACAUGGUGCGCGAUUGUUAAGUAUGUUAAGUAUUGAUAGCAAUAAUGCAGUUCCUACCAGUAAUAUUCCAGAAUGGAGGAUUCAUUUUAGACAAAUCUUGGGUGGCACUGAACCUUUUAGAAUUUCUCAUGAAAUGAGUAAAAUCGAAAUUAGAUCAAGAGUAAUAUUAACCGAUGGAUUAGAACUUAAGAAUGAAAUACCAUCAUUAUUACCAUUAUUAAAUUGUUCAAAUCCAAAAACAAUUAUAUUACUUUCUGAUUGCAAAGAUUCAAAAGAGGAGAAUAUUUUAAGAUAUUAUAAAUCUUUAUUAAUGUCACUUCCAAAUUCUCCAAAAAACAUUGUUUCAUCGAAAAUUAGUGAUAAUAACUUGAUUGAGUUUACUUUGGACAAAAGUGUUAAAAUUGUUUCGUUUGAUAAUUCAGUAUGGGAUGACGUUUCUACAGGUGGUUUUCAGCUUGUUCAAAAUGGGUCAGCUCCUUCAGCUGCAUUACAGGAGUCCUCAUUGAAUAAUAACAACUCAAUUUCAAGUUAUUAUGCCUUUGCAAGAAUUGAUAAUAUUUCAGCAAAGUUAUUAAAGAAUAAUGAAGUAAUUUUUGUUAAGAAUAAUAAGUUGGAAAAUAAUACAGAAUGUAACCAUGAUAAAGAAAAAGUUAUGAAUGUUUCUGACUCAUUAAUAAAUAGUGCUGAAUGCCAAGAUUUUAUUGAUGAAUCAUUAGUUUCCAAAAAUUACCAAUCUCCAUACUCUGUUUUAAAUAAUUUAAUUGAUAGAGUAAAAAAGAAAGAAUGUUACAAUCCUUCAAGAAAGAAAUUUCAUAAAGAAAUAUUGCUUUCAAAGUCACGUGGUAUACGUCAUAUUGUUUCUGAAAUGAGAAAACAAAAUCCUCUUCCAAUUAUUAAUAUAUCCCCAAAUGGAGGAAUUGUGUCUGUUAAUAAUGCUAUUGCAUUUUCAUCAAAUCAUUUAAAUAAAAAUUUUCAAAUUUCCCGAAUUAAUUGCGAUGACCAAAAUAAUUCUUCUUUUAAUGUUCAAAGAGGUGAUCAUUUAACUAGCAAUUCCAAUACGGAUGAUAUGAAUAUUUGGAAUUUACAUGCUACACUUCACCCUUAUUAUUAUAUUGCGAGGGGAAUACUUCGUAAUCAGUUUGCUAUUUUAUAA